AUGAUUAAGGAAGAAGAAAUGUUAGAAGGAGUGGCCGAGAGAAUUGACACAAUUGAAGCGAGAAUGGUGAAGCAUUUGGUGCAUAUUCCCACAAAGAAUUUCAAGUUGGAUUCGGACGUGUUGCUGCCGGUAACAGACGCAGUGAAGCACACAGUUACUUUGGAUGAUGAAAAAGGUCAUAAGUUAGAUGUUCAGGUCUCCCAUGGCGAUAUCGGAAAAGAAGUGUUAGCGGUGGUUUUCGAUUGUGGCGUAGAAGGAAGAAUGUUGGAGAAGAUGACAGAGAAAUCAAUGACAACACCAUUGAUUGAUUCAGAGAUGUUCGCAGAAGCAGCAAGGACGAAGGGAUGA